AUGCGCACCCCACCGCAGACACUCACCAACUGGACACUAACCGUGGAAUCCUGGACCCCAGCCGCCAACAUCUACAGCCUCACAGCCGCUCCCACCCGGACCAACACCACCUACGCCCUCGGGACAAUGUCCACCCUCCUCCCCUGGUCCCAGCUCCACCCCUCCCUCCAGAACGUCUCGGGCAUUGGAUUUUACCGCACGACCGUCACCCUCGCCCACAGCCCCAGCCCCAGCCCCAGCCCCUCCUCAGGCGUCAUCCUCGAUCUAGGGAGGAUCUCGCACGUCGCACGCAUCCGAGUCAACGGCCACCCCACCCACCCGGUCGACCUGCACUCCGCGAAACUGGAUAUCACGCAGGGGGUGAUGGACGGGGAGAACACCAUUGACGUGAUGGUGGCGAGUCCGUUGGGGAAUGCGGUGCGACGGUAUUAG